GUGAAGUUGACAAGCACUAAGCAAUCGGUGUUUGGGUUCAGUGCACAUGCUCAGCUCCGGGGAUCUGACCAUAAUACCCAUAACCUGGUAUAGAAAGACACGGCAGGAUCGGGAUAAAUAAGGGUAAUGGCAAGCACCGAAGCUUGGGUUGGGACCUGGAGGCCCCACAAGCCAAGAGGGCCCAUAGCUGCCCUCUACGGCAGUCCAGGGCCCAAGUAUGCAUUGCCUGGACUCACAGGUAUUUCUAAACAUGACCCUACUAAAUACAAAGCACCAAUGUUCAGCUUUGGGGUACGUCAUGACCACAGGUGUGAGAGCUUCCCUGGAACAAGCUACCUCAUCCCCUCCAACAUCACCAGAGUGGGCCGAGACGGCACUCCUGCAUUUUCACUCUGCAGCCGUCCAAAGGAGCUAAAACUGUUCCAGGCCCCUGGACCAGGCGAAUACUCUCCAGAGCAUUCAGGAAAGUCGAUCUUCCGCUCUGCUCCUGCUUAUUCUCUGUCUGGGAGGAGCAAAGAACUCAACAAUAUCCACACACCAGGUCCAGCCUCCUACUCUCUGCCCCCAGUGCUGGGGCACAACACUGUGGUGUCAUCUACAGCUCGCUCCUACUCAUUCUGUGGCCGCAGCAAAACUGGAAGCUUCGAUGAAGACCUGAAGAAGACUCCUGGCCCUUCUGCCUACAGAGUUGUGGACCCUUGUCUUUAUAGGCAAAAAGCUCCCCGGUUUAGCAUGACAGGACGCAACUUCCCACCCGGUGAAACCACAAAGAAACCAGGUCCUGGUGCACACUAUCCUGAGCAGGUGACCUUCACAAGAGCCAAAGCUCCAAGCUUCUCCUUUGGACUGCGUCACUCGGAAUUCAUCUCACCCCUCAUUUUAGAUGCGGCUGAAUAAUGUUACCUAUGAUCUCUGUUUUUAACUGGAAAUUCACACAGGAUAAAGCACAAUAAAGCACAAUAAAGCACAAAAAGGAAA